AUGGCUACAAUCCCAGUCAAAAUCCGCAAUGGUUUCCUCCCACCUAAACCACCCCCAACAGCUCAAGCCCACCAAAUCAACUUUGAAACAUCCAAACCUGCUCUCCCAAAAUACAAAAACCACUUCGCCGCCGUGAUAGAAGACUUCCUCACCGAAUCCGAAUGCAAAGAACUCAUCAGCCUCGCCGAAUCCAGCACCCCCACCGGCUGGGAACGCGCCAUGAUCAACAUCGGCGGCGGGAAACAAAGACUCGCCACGGAAGCCCGCAACUGCGCCCGCAUAAUGUGGGAUACCCACGACGUCGCGGAGAAACUACUAGCCCGACUAACGCCAUUCCUGCGCGACUUUGAUAUCGAAUCGUUCAGCGACCGCACCAGCGUUACUGGGCUCAUUGGCCGGGGUAAAUCGUACCGGUUGGCUGCGCUGAAUGAGCGGUUGCGAUUCCUUCGGUAUGAGGGGGGUGAGUAUUUUAGACCCCAUUGGGAUGGCCAGUAUGAGGCGCCGAAUGGGGAUGUUUCGUUUUAUACUAUUCAAAUUUAUCUUAAUGGGGAGGGGGAGCAGGAUCUUGUUGAGUUGGGGAGGGCGGAGGACAAGCCUAAGAAGGUGAAUCCCGAUCCGAUGGGGACGUUGUUGGGUGGUGCGACGUCGUUUAUUCCUAUUCCUAGUUAUAAGAGUGGGCAUGAGCAGUUACGGAUCUUUCCGAGGACGGGGUCCGUUUUGAUCUUUCAGCAUAGUGGGCUAAUGCAUAGUGGGGAUCCGGUGUUUAGGGGGACGAAGUAUACUAUCAGGACUGAUAUUAUGUAUCGUCAGGUAUAG